AUGGAGGAACAUGUUGUUAUGGAUGAAGAAAAUAUUGGUGGGGUGGAGGGAAAUGUUGAAGUAGAAGACUUGGUACUAGAUGACGAAGAGGAAGAGGGGAAUGUUGAGGGAGAAAUGGUGGAAGAGCAAGAUGAUGACGAAGAGGAAGAGGGGAAUGUUGAGGGAGAAAUGGUGGANGAGCAAGAUGAAGAGCAAGAUGAAGAGCAAGAUGAAGAGAAAGAUGAAGAGCAAGGUGAAGAGCAAGGUGAAGAGGGCAAUGUUCUUGAGGGAGAAGGGAUGGAAAAUGUUGAUGACAGUGAAGAGGAGAGAAUGGCAAAUGAUGAUGAUGGGUUUGGGAUGGACAAUGUGACGAUGGAGGAAGAGAGAAGAAAUAUUAAUCCAGUUUUGGAUAGGUGGAAGAAAAUGAAAAAGUAA